AUGGCGCUGACGGGGAAGAAGGUAGAUUUCAGCAAGGUUGUCAGCAUGAUCGACGAGAUGGUGGAGGUGCUCAAGAAGGAACAGGUGGAUGACGAUUCCAAGAAGGAGUAUUGCGAGAAGCAGUUCGACAACACGGAUGACAAGAAGAAGGAGCUGGAGCAUACCGUGGAGGACACCCAGACCGCCAUCGAGGCCGCCGAGACAGGCAUCGCCACCCUGAAGGAGGAGAUGGCCAGCCUGGAGGCGAGCAUCCAGUCCCUGGACAAGGCCGUGGCCCAGGCCUCCGAGACGAGGAUGCUGGAGAACAAGGAGGUACAAGGAGCUGAUGGCCUCGGACUCCGCGGCCAAGGAGCUGCUGGGCGUGGCCAAGAACCGCCUCAACAAGCGCCCGCCGCGCGACAAGCCACCGGCGAAAGUGGAGCUCUCGGCGCAGGACCGACAGGAUCGCCACCAACAUGGGCAUGGGGGCCGCAGCCGCGCUUGUCCAGGUGUCCCUGA